UGUUUGUUUAUUAUUGGUAUGUUUGUGUAUUUUAGAUGGGACUGAUUUAUUCACAAUCAAGAUACAUGGUCGAGAUAAUUUUGAUGGAGUCUCUGGUGCCUAUGUUGGUGGUGAGUUUAGGUAUGUGGAUAAUUGCGAUAUUGACGAGAUGUCAAUUUUAGAACUUGAUUCCAUGCUUGUAGAGGCAUUUGGCACCAUAGGUUACACUGAAAUUUUUUAUAAGCUGCCACAUAUGGAAGGUGCAUGUACUAAGGUUGAAAAAGAUGGGGAUGUACUAACAAUGUGUAGCAAGGUUGAUUGUAGAAGAUUGGUGUAUGUUUAUGCUGUUACCGUACACAUUGAACAGACCCAAACUUAUUGUCCCUCACAGUUGGAUUUCAAUUAUGAAUAUUUUGAUAAUAUGAGUGCAGCUGAAAGAGAAGAAAUUGAACAAUUGUUGUUGCUUGAGGGUAUGGCAGAGGAGUUCAACAAAGAUGAUGAUAAAGGAGUUGAUGAGAAUGAGAAUCCUGUUGUUGAACCACAGGUGGUUAGUGAUGGUGAGCAUGGUAGUUUCCAUGAUGACAGUUCAAAUAUAGAUAGUACUGAUGAUGAGUUAUGUGCUGCUAGGGAGAAAAGAAAGAAUGUAAAACAAAGCUCAAAAGAUGAUGCAAACAAAGAAGAUCAUUUUAGUGAUGAGCUUGUAUCAGACAUUAGUGACAAUGACUAUAACAGUGAGGAUGAAAGGAUGGCUGCAAAUAGCACUGAUGAGGAAGCUGUUAGUUGUAAAGUAUUUAAUGAGAGGACAGAUAUGGAAGAUCCAAAGUUUGAGAUAGGCAUGCUGUUCUCCAGUGCAAACUCCUUUAGGGCUGCAGUGCAAAAAUUUGCCAUUCUCAAUAGGAAAGCAGUUGUUCAAUGUAGAAAUUUUGGCAAAAGAAUAAAGUAUGUGUGCAAGGGUGGACAAUGUAAGUGGAGUAUAUAUGCCUCUCUAAUGCAGGACAGCAAAACUUACCAAGUAAGGACAUAUAUCAAAACUCACACAUGCCCACCAUCUUUUAAACAGAAGUAUAUGACUUCCAAGUGGAUUGCAGAGCAUUAUGAAAAUGAGAUAAGGAUGAACCCCACUUGGCCACUUGGUGCUUUCCAUAAGAAGAUUGUAAAUGAUUGGGGCUGUGAAGUAAGCCUUUAUGCAGUUGGUAGGGCUAAGAGAAAAGCUUUACAAGUCAUAAAAGGGCAUCAUGUGAAACAAUAUGGUCAGUUGUGGGAUUAUGUAUAUGCAGUUAAAAAGGCUAUGCCAGAUAGCACAAUUGAGCUUGUAUUAGAUGAACCUGAUGGUGGACCUGAAGAUGGACCAAGUGCUAGGAGAUUUAAAAGAAUUUAUGUAUGCUUAGGUCCUUUAAGGAGAGGUUUUACCAGUGGUUGUAGGCCCAUAAUAGGUCUAGAUGGUUGUCAUUUGAAAGGGCCAUUUGGUGGCCAACUAUUGACAGCAGUGGGAUGUGAUUCAAAUGAUGGAAUGUACCCAAUUGCUUGGGCUGUGGUUGAGGCAGAAAAUUCAGAAACUUGGAAUUGGUUUUUGAAUUUGUUGGCUUAUGAUGUUAACAUCAUAAAUUCUGGUGCUUGGACCUUUAUAUCAGAUAGACAAAAGGGACUCAUCAAUGCUCUUACCACUGUUGUACCAAAUGCAGAACACAGGUUCUGUGUUAUGCAUUUGUACAGAAACAUGUACAAAGAUCAUAAAGGGGUUGGCAGCAGAACUUUAUUGUGGCUUGCAGCAAUAUCCACUACAGAAUUUAUGUUUAACAAACACAUGUCAGAGCUUAAAAAGGUAGUUGACUUGCUUGUUAACUGUUUAUAGCUUGCUAGGAAUUUUAUUCUAGUAAUGAUUUAUUUUACUUUUGUUUAUAGUUAUCCAAAAAAUGUCAUGACUGGUUAAUGGAAAAACCAAACUCACAAUGGUCAAGAGCAGGAUUUAGGACUACAUGUCUGUCUGAUAUGUUUGUCAAUAACCAUUGUGAGGUGUUCAACAACAACAUAAGAGAAUACAGAGAUCUUCCUAUUAUUGGACUUCUAAUGGGUUUUUACAAAAGAGUGCAAUGAGAAGGAUUCAAAGCAGAAGAGAUAAAAUGGCUAAAAGUUAUGCAUUAAAUCCCAUAUGUCCUAAUGCUAUGAGAAAAGUUAACAAGGCAAUGAGUCAUAGCAGUGGAUGUAUGGUUCAAUGGUCAGGAAAAAGCAAAUAUUUGGUUACAAUGACAGAUGAGGGCCAUGAAAUAGUAGUUGAUCUUGAUGGUAGGACUUGUGCUUGUAGGAAAUUUGACUUGACUGGCCUCCCCUGUUAUCAUGCAUGUGCUUGUAUACACUGGAAAAACUUGAAGUUGGUAGACUACAUUCAUCCUACAUAUGGAAAGGACAUGUAUUUAGCCACUUAUAAUCACACUGUUGAACCAAUUAAUAGCUCAGAAUAUUGGGAGAAAACUGGGAGUCCUGGCCCCCUACCACCCCUGAUCAAGGUUCAACCUGGAAGACCAAAAAAAAAAAGAAACAAAAAAAAUGAUAUCCCACUAGAUACCACCAAAUUGAGAAGGCAAAAUACAAAUGUAUUUUGUAGCUACUGUAAAGAAAAGAGCCACAAUGCCAGAACCUGUCCUGCCAAGAAAACUGAUCAAGCAAGUGGUGUUAAAACAAAUGUUAAAGCAAGGAAACCAAAAAAGGCAGUGGCAUCAAAAGUCAGCAAGAAGCAGGAUACAAGCACAUCAGCUACACCCUCUGACCAAAUUCCAAAGAUAAUAAUUCCUGAUUUGUCAAGUGGUGGUCAAGGUGGAGUAUUUGGUUCAUACAGUCAACCUGCUAGGAUGGAGGGCACACCACUAGGCAUACAACCACAGAGGUUUAUGGCAAGAGGAAGUCAUGUCACCACUUUGAGACAAAUUGAAGCUGAGGCUAAUGCAAGGAAGGCAGCUUUGGGUAAAAAAGCUCCAUGAAAGUAGUCAUACCAGUGGACAAAGGAUGCAUUAGAAACUGACUUUUUUGGGCACACUCAUCAUGUUUUUGUUGCAGCUAGCUAGUGGACUGCUAGUUGUAUUUUUUGAUAAAAUUUGUUGUACAAAUUUUAUUCAUACAUUGAUGUUGUCA